AUGAGUACCGGCCUGCACCGUUUGGGGAUGAGCAGGAAGGAGGCUGAGCUCUGCCGUGAUCCUGGGCACGGGGUCGUGCGAGGAGCCUCACCACAAAAGCUGGGCUUUAUGGAGAUGUGGAGAAGCCUCCAUACACGCGGGAAGCACGUUGUCACCCCGUCGGACUUUAUGUAUUCUCUCCGCCUCUCUGUUGCCCAAGAAUGGGGAGCUCUGGAUUCUUGUUUUAUCCACGGUUCUGCUGUGGUGUCUCAAAGCAGUGCCUCAGGACUGUGGCCUAGUCUACAACUGCUGCUGUCGUCUUCCCCCACUUAG